CCUCAGUAAGACGGGGCUGGUGUCGUCUUCCUGGGAGCGUCAGUACUUCUUCACGCAGGGCGGUAAUCUGAUGCAGCAGGGCCGGGGCGAGGUGGCGGGCGGGCUGGUCACAGACCUCGACAACUGCUCCGUCAUGGCGGUGGACUGCGAUGACCGCCGCUUCUGUUUCCAGGUCACUUCCUUCGAUGGCAAGAAAGUGGUGACGCUGCAGUCUGAGAGCAGGAAGGACUGCGAGGAGUGGAUCUCUACCAUCAACAACAUCUCCAAACGGAUCUACCUGAGUGAGAACGCCGAGGAACUGGCAGCCAGAGUGAACCAAUCAGCUCUUGAAGCCGUGACGCCAUCGCCGUCCUUUCAGCAGAGACACGAGAGCAUGAGACCCAGCAG